GUAUCCAUUGGUUCGGCUGCUACAUUUCCCUACAUGGUGAAUAGAUUUCGCAAUGCCAUGCGAGUCUCUCUGUUCCCAACAAAAACAGAAACAAAAGUUUUAACAGAAAGGGGAUUCAAUUAAGAAAUUACCAUCGACGGACUAUUAGUGCGAUCGACACGUUUUAAGAUUGUUACACAGUACUCUGUUGCUGUGACCCCCGUUCCCAAAAAAAGGCCACCGUGUGACACACUGGGGUACUUAGUGGCUGAGAGUGGCAGACACGUGGCGCAAAUGAGCAGGCAGCCCGCGCAGAAGCUGACCACAGACCAGAACGGCGUGAGCGUGAUCCAGACUCAGGGCCAGGCCCACGCCAGCGGUCUGCAGCAAGUGCCGCAGCUGGUGCCCGCCAGCAGCGGGGGAGGCGGCAAGGCCUCGUCCCCCAGUAAGGCAAGGAAGUCUGGCGGCGACAAGAACAGCGAGGAAUACCGGCAGCGGCGCGAGCGCAACAACCUGGCCGUCAAGAAGAGCCGUUUGCGCAGUAAGCAGAAGGCCCAAGACACGCAGCAACGGGUCAACGAGCUGAAGGAGGAGAAUGAGCGGCUGGAGGCCAAGAUCCGUCUGCUCAGCAAGGAGCUGAGCGUGCUGAAGGACCUGUUCCUAGAGCACGCACACAACCUGGCCGACAACGUCCAGCCGCCGGGCACCGAGACCUCUGGCACCAACAACAACCAAUGAGAGCUGGAGGACGGUCCAGAGGCUUGGUGGGUGAUGGGGGAGAUUUGGAGCCGCUCUUACCGCCUCUCUGCUUUUUACACUCCUAACAGUCUGCUCUCCAUCAGCCGAACAGCACAUCAGCGAUUCCACGUAGCACUUCUUGGUUCUAGAGAUACAUUUCUGAGACAUCAUGCCCUUGAUACAUUGUCUCUCUUCAUCGGCUUGCUCUCAUGACGUUUGACAGGUUUUGUUUGCCCGGCAACACACCUUUAUGUUUUCACGCUUUUAGAAGAUGUCCGUCUAAACCAAUCAAAUUCAUGCGAAGACCCUCAUUUGAUUAGUGAUUAGUCAAUAAUAUGUUUAAGACCUAAAUGAUUAGGUCUGUACAAUCUUUUAUACAUUUUUAGAGAAAUGCACUCUACAUCAGGAUUAACUGGAUUACAUCCACCGUGCAGUUUGCUUGAAAUCAGUUUAAUCAAUCCAAAGUUAGGGUGCAGGGGACUCCCUCUCAGCUCCUCCUUAAGGCUUUGCAGCAUGUACAUUUGACAAAUUGUUCUGCGGAUUAGCUGUUUUGGAACAUUCGUGCCGCACAGGGAAUGAAACCAUGGCGUCUGACAUACAGAAAGCACACUGGCUCCUGAGGUUUUUUUGGGGAUAUCAGGGUAUUUCUGCUCCUCGAGCUUUUCUGCCAAGUGCCGGGCUGGAUUGGUGACUUGCCUGAGGCAUCAGAAUCGCAGUUAAAUCGUCUGUCGGGGUUCAGCGCUCUUCCUGUGCUGGCGGUGGUGGUUUCACUCACUUGGGGCACAGUGGGACGCGUUUUGGCCUGGACUGGGAGGAAGCUGUCAGGCUGUAUGAAUGUGUGCUGCACAGCAGAGGAGGGCCCCGCUUUUUUGAUUGUUUGCGCUAACUUUGGAAUUGCAGCUGUCAUCGGAUGCAUUUCUGUGCCGAACAGGUCAUUCUUUGUAGAAAACUGACAUUGAGUAAAGGAAGAAUACUCACCAUUAAUAGUACUUCAGGAUAUUCAAAGGAGGUUUGUUCCAGUAUGUCUUUGUUACAAAUAUUUCUAUUUUGUAUUGAACAAUUGCAUGGUAAAUGCUGUCAAAAUAUUCUGUUUGCACUGCUGAAACAAGGAACAAUAUUGUAACACUUAAUAUUUUGUAGGUGGAUGGUUUAAAAUAAGUAAUAAUGUGGACGAAAUAUGUGUAAAAAUAACUAAGGCAGAUUUUUCCAUUUGGAGAUCUGGUUGAUAUAUUUUACUAAACUACGAAUGUUGCUGGGCAGCGUUUGUCUGUAAGUUGUGACAUGCUUUUUUUUUUUUUACAAUAAAAAUAUUAGGUGUGAUGCAUACUGUAAAUUAAAAUCAAAUAAAUGACCUUGCUUAAAAUCUC